UUACGAACUUAAAGCCCCAAUGGUAAAUGAUCGGACGGUCCUGCCAGCGCAGAACCAUUGGUUCGUUCUUCUCACCGGAGAUUUCAUUGAGGCCGAAAAAGCAGGCAAAGAGCUUCGCUACCCCGUGCUUCCCAUACCAUUUUCCCCCACUGUUCUCGGAGGGUUUUAGCCCUCUACAGAGGGCGGAGGAAGUAUCCAAUGGCAAACUCCUUCGCCGAGCCGGCGAGAUGGAGGGAUCUUGACAAACUCCUUGCCCGCCCAGGCAACAUCGUUGGUCCCGGCUUCGAGCCAAGCCCUCAGCUUCGACAGGAGAUUGGGGAAUUUGUAAGAAUUUUGGUGGUGGGAGCCGGUGGGCUCGGCUGCGAACUCCUAAAGGACCUCGCUCUUGCUGGAUUUCCUAAAAUCGACGUCAUCGAUAUGGAUACUAUAGAGGUCUCCAACCUCAACCGCCAGUUUCUCUUCAG